UCUCCAUAUUUUAUUACAGAAUAAUGUCAAGAGGCUUUACAAAUUUGUACCUAAUGCUAGUGCGUUACCGACUAUAAUUUUUAUGUUCAUCUUAAUAAACUACUAUUACGGUUUGUUGUAACAUUACGUACAUAACUUUUUCAAGGACGCACGUGGGCUACACGUAGAUAGUGAUGGGGUGUUUAGAUUAUAUUAUAAUAAACUAUAGGUGGGUGUUUGUGUGCAUUUUCUUAUUACCCGUUUCGUUGUUUUAUAAUAUCUGGUUCUAUCUUCGAAAUUGGGUGGUGUUCAAAUUAAGUAGUGCCCCUAACCAGCAUAAAAACAAAGUGGAAUAUGUCCAAAGACAGAUACUUAAAUGGAAUAUCGACGGUAGACGAUCGAAAAUGUGUACUGCUAGACCGGGUUGGCAGACAAUCUCUUUCAGACAACCGGCUUAUAAAAAAACCAGCACAAAAAUAGAAGUGAAUCUAGUCGAUAUUUUAAACGUAGACGUGCAAAAAAAGGUUGUAAUUGUAGAACCGCUGGUAUCCAUGGGUCAAUUAUCGGCUACGUUAAGUCCGUUAGGUUGGACAAUACCAGUUUUACCUGAAAUAGAUGAUUUAACCGUCGGCGGAAUAGUAAUGGGAACGGGAAUAGAAUCAUCCUCGCAUAUUUACGGUCUUUUUCAACAUAUUUGUUUAUCUUACGAAUUGGUAUUAGCCGAUGGUACAAUAACCAAUUGUUCCCCAAACGAAAACGCCGAAUUGUUUUAUUCCGUACCAUGGUCGUACGGCACCUUAGGAAUAUUAACUGCCGUUGAAAUUCAAAUGAUACCGGCCAAGAAUUACGUAGAAUUAAUUUACGAACCCGUAUGGGGUAUAGAUAAUAUUGUUACGAGAUUUAACGAGGUCAGCCGUGAUAAGACGAACGAAUUCGUCGAGGUUAUAAUGUAUAGCGACAACGAAGCUGUCGUUAUGACAGGUACGCAAACUGAUCAUUUAGGAUCGACAAAAUUAAAUUCAAUCGGACGUUGGUACAAACCUUGGUUUUAUAAAUAUGUACAAAGUAAAUUGAAGAAAAUAAUUAUUACUAAAGAAUGUAUACCGUUACGAGAUUACUAUCAUAGACAUACGAGAUCGAUAUUUUGGGAAUUACAGGAUAUAAUUCCUUUUGGUAACAAUAUAAUAUUUCGUUUCUUAUUCGGUUGGUUGAUCCCUCCAAAAAUAUCCCUACUGAAAUUAACUCAAACCGAAACAAUAAAGAAACUAUAUGAAGAACAUCACGUUAUACAAGAUAUGUUAGUACCGGCGGAUAAACUCGAAGAGAGUUUAAGAUUUUUUAAAGAUAAAUUGCAACUUUAUCCGAUAUGGUUGUGUCCUUUUAUCUUGCCGACUAAUCCGGGGAUGUUGAAUUCUCGAAGUGACCGCGACGAAAAACUUUACGUAGACAUUGGUAUUUACGGUUCACCCAAAGUUGAAACGUUUCAUUCCAGAGAAACGACGAGAGAAAUUGAAAAGCAUGUUAUAACAGUAAACGGAUUUCAAAUGUUGUACGCGGAUACUUAUAUGACUAGAGAGGAAUUUAGAACAAUGUUUGAUCAUAGCUUAUAUGAUGAUUUAAGAAAGAAAUUGCGAUGUGAAGAUGCCUUUCCCGAAGUAUAUGAUAAAAUUUCAAAACAAGCUAGAAUUUAAUGUUGUAUUAGAAUAAUUUACUUAUAAUAAAAAAAAAAAUUACGACGAAA